GCAGGCCAGAGCGGUGCCGGGAACAACUGGGCCAAGGGCCACUACACAGAGGGCGCCGAGCUGGUGGACUCAGUCCUGGACGUGGUCAGGAAGGAGUCCGAGAGCUGUGACUGUCUGCAGGGCUUCCAGCUGACCCACUCGCUGGGGGGCGGCACGGGGUCUGGGAUGGGGACCCUUCUCAUUAGUAAGAUCCGCGAGGAGUACCCCGACCGCAUCAUGAACACGUUCAGCGUCAUGCCCUCGCCCAAGGUGUCGGACACGGUGGUCGAGCCCUACAACGCCACCCUGUCCGUGCACCAGCUGGUGGAGAACACGGACGAGACCUACUGCAUCGACAACGAGGCGCUGUACGACAUCUGCUUCCGCACCCUGAAACUGACCACCCCCACCUACGGGGACCUGAACCACCUGGUGUCGGCCACCAUGAGCGGGGUCACCACGUGCCUGCGCUUCCCGGGCCAGCUCAACGCCGACCUGCGCAAGCUGGCCGUGAACAUGGUGCCCUUCCCACGCCUGCACUUCUUCAUGCCCGGCUUCGCGCCGCUCACCAGCCGGGGCAGCCAGCAGUACCGGGCGCUGACGGUGCCCGAGCUCACCCAGCAGAUGUUCGACUCCAAGAACAUGAUGGCCGCGUGCGACCCGCGCCACGGCCGCUACCUGACCGUGGCCGCCAUCUUCCGGGGCCGCAUGUCCAUGAAGGAGGUGGACGAGCAGAUGCUCAACGUGCAGAACAAGAACAGCAGCUACUUCGUGGAGUGGAUCCCCAACAACGUGAAGACGGCCGUGUGCGACAUCCCGCCCCGCGGCCUGAAGAUGUCGGCCACCUUCAUCGGCAACAGCACGGCCAUCCAGGAGCUGUUCAAGCGCAUCUCGGAGCAGUUCACGGCCAUGUUCCGGCGCAAGGCCUUCCUGCACUGGUACACGGGCGAGGGCAUGGACGAGAUGGAGUUCACCGAGGCCGAGAGCAACAUGAACGACCUGGUGUCCGAGUACCAGCAGUACCAGGACGCCACGGCCGACGAGCAGGGCGAGUUCGAGGAGGAGGAGGGCGAGGACGAGGCCUGA